UUGGUGGUGGCCAGCAUGCCCUUAAUGCUGAAGAAUACAACCUUACCAGUUUCAAAAAAAACAUAUGCUUAUCGUCCAUCUAAAUUUUGUGAUGAGAUUGAGUUAUAUGAAACAGCAAAUGUGCAUCCACAUUUGGCAAAGUUAUCUAGGUACUGUUGCGAUAGGAGGCUUGCAGUUGUCUAUGAUGAGGAACUUACCACAGCUUUGUCUGAUGUGCUUCCGGCUGAUGACUUUGGGUGGGAUAAGCGGAUGAAUGUGGCAACUCAACUUGCAGAUCUGUUGGCAUGGUUGCAUAAAAAGAAAAUUGCAGUUGGCAGUAUCAUUGCUUCAUGCAUUAUGAUAGAUAAGGAAGUGAAUAUUAAAGUGUUUGACUUUGGUUACAUUUGCAAUCGUGUCAACGAGGAUUCUGUAAUUCCUCUUGAUUAUGUUGUUGGCAGAUAUCCUGAGGAUGUUUCUAAAGGUUGGCAUUGGACGAUGAAAUCUGAUGUUUAUAUAUUUGGUCUUCUACUGAUGGAGUUGAUAACCAAAACGAAGCUUGGUUCUAAUCCUUCCGUUCUCGAUAAUUGUAAACCGGGCUCUUUUGUUCAUAAAAGCUUCGAAGAUGUUGAUGAUCAAACUGUAUUUGGUAUCACGUCUCUGGCUUGCGGUUGCGUGAGUGCUGAUCCAGGCGAAAGGCCAACAAUGAAGAUGGUUUUAAACGAUUUGGAUAAACUAAGGAAGAGAGAGGGAAAACGAAAAAGAGAUGAAAAUGAGUCCACAAUAGAAUAAGUUUAUCCCUUUUAGCUACUUUUUAACUUUUGUAUUAACUAAAUUGCAAGGUUGUUGCAAUGCAAGUGAUGGAACUUUAUGAAUGAUCCCUGGUGGGGUUUGAAUUGGAGAUUUUCAAAUUAUUAGCUAUUAAUGAUUUAACUUUGUUCA